GGGUUUGAAGGUCUCAUGUAUAGCCGCAGUAUCAGGGCACGCAGCCUGCUCCAUGGAUGCAGCAGCCUGGACUGUGUGUCCUGCAGCACGUUAUCUUCGCUGAAGAGAAGAGGAUUUAUUCCUGAGCUGUGCGUAGGCAGGCGAGUCACACUCCCGGGAGUUCCUGCUUGUCCGGUUAGCUCUGCUGCUGUUCCUGCUGCGCUCUGUGGGGACCGGGGGUCACACAGACUGGGGAUCCUCUCGAGGUCUGUAGCAGCUACGUUCUUGUACGUCCCCAGGAGGAACAGAAAGGUCAACUGGACUUCUUCAAAUUCUGCCAUCAUGCCCGGUUCAAAGUCUCAAGACAUGGGCUCUGCCUUCGUCCAGACGCAGCAGCUCGGCGCUGCCAUGGCCGAUACCUUCCUGGAGCACAUGUGCCUGCUGGACAUUGACUCUGAGCCCACCACCGCCCGCAACACUGGCAUCAUCUGCACUAUUGGGCCAGCCUCCCGCUCUGUGGACAUGCUGAAGGAGAUGAUCAAGUCUGGGAUGAACAUCGCUCGCAUGAACUUCUCCCAUGGAUCUCACGAGUACCACUGUGAGACUAUUAAGAAUGUGCGUGAGGCCUGUGAGAGCUUUGAGCCUGGCAGCAUCCACUACCGCCCUGUGGCCAUCGCUCUGGACACCAAGGGACCUGAGAUCAGGACUGGACUUAUCAAGGGAAGUGGUACAUCUGAGGUGGAGCUGAAGAAGGGCAACAUGAUCAAGUUGACCCUGGAUGAUGCCUACCAGGAGAACUGUGAUGAAGACAAUCUGUGGCUGGACUACAAGAACAUCACCAGGGUGGUGGAGCAGGGCAGCAAGAUCUACAUCGACGAUGGACUCGUGUCCCUCCAGGUCAAGGAAAUUGGUGGUGACUACCUGAUGUGUGAGAUUGAGAAUGGAGGGACCCUGGGCAGUAAGAAGGGUGUGAACCUGCCUGGUGCUGCUGUGGACCUGCCUGCUGUCUCUGAGAAAGACAUCUCUGACCUGACCUUCGGCGUGGAGCAAGGAGUGGACAUGGUGUUUGCAUCUUUCAUCCGUAAAGCAGCCGACGUGCACGCUGUCAGGAAGGUGCUGGGAGAGAAGGGCAAGAACAUCAAGAUCAUCAGCAAGCUGGAGAACCACGAGGGAGUGCGCAGGUUUGAUGAAAUCAUGGAAGCCAGUGAUGGCAUCAUGGUUGCCCGUGGAGACCUGGGAAUUGAGAUCCCCACAGAGAAGGUGUUCCUGGCCCAGAAGAUGAUGAUUGGCCGCUGCAACAGAGCCGGCAAGCCAAUCACCUGCGCCACACAGAUGUUAGAGAGCAUGAUCAAGAAGCCCAGGCCCACCCGUGCAGAGGGCAGUGAUGUGGCCAAUGCCGUGCUGGAUGGAGCUGACUGCAUCAUGCUGAGUGGAGAGACCGCCAAGGGAGACUACCCCCUGGAGGCUGUCCGCACACAGCACAUGAUUGCUCGGGAGGCUGAGGCAGCCACCUUUCACAGACAACUGUUUGAGGAGCUGCGACGCACCGCCCACCUGACCCGGGACCCCUCUGAGGCCGUGGCCUGUGGCGCAGUGGAGUCCUCAUUCAAGUGCUGUGCUAGCGCCCUCGUCGUACUCACAAAGACCGGCAGGUCAGCCCACCUGAUCUCCAGGUACAGGCCCCGCGCCCCCAUCAUUGCUGUGACCCGUAACGGCCAGACCGCCCGCCAGGCACACCUGUAUCGCGGGAUCUUCCCCGUCUUCUACAACAAGCCUGCCCACGACGUCUGGGCCGAGGACGUCGACCUCAGGGUCAACUUCGCCAUGGAAAUGGGCAAGGAGCGAGGGUUCUUCAAGGAGGGAGAUGUGGUGAUCGUCCUGACCGGUUGGCGCCCAGGCUCUGGCUAUACCAACACCAUGCGUGUGGUCGUGGUUCCUUGAAUUAUGACUACCCUUCUCACCCCUCCACUGUCUACCCCUUGUCCCUCUGCUCACCGCUCCCUGUCCCAACACCAGGGCUCAGACAGACUUGUACAGCCCACAACAAACACCUGGCCUCUUCUUCCUCCCCCAAGAACAGGCCAGUGGUGGUGACUCGACCAAUAGGAAAUCUCCCCACUACAAUCCACUCCUCUCCAGGGUUCCCCUCACGUAGGUGUGCUCUGUUCGCCCCAGUCUCCAGGGUAUCUGUACGCGCCCACCAGAAACGGCUGUAUUUAUUCACAAACAAAACCAUGUAUGACUUUUGAAAGGCAGGCGGGACACACCUUAAGAGAGCAUGCUAUACUGUAACUUGUAAAAAAAAAUAAAAAAACACUCCAAAUCCUAUAACACGAACAAAAUGGUGGCAACCCGACAUGAACAGCUCUUCUUAAAGGCCCUGUCACAGUUAAACUCUUCCCCCAAACAUAGCCCCUUGUUGUGCUGUCUGUAUUUACAUUGUAUUCUGUAUACUUUCUCUGCACUCCCAAUCUACUGUAGACAAUGUUACAUUCUGUAUUAUACUUUUGUGAAAGGUGAAUUUAGAUUCUGGGCAUCCAAUACUACGUAUAUUUUGUCUAACCAUAGAGGAAUCCUAUAAUAGUUUGACAAGUUACUUUUUUUUGUGUGAAGUAUUCUUAGAAACCUUACAUUUUUGUAUUUUGGUCAUAACUAAGUUGGCAAUUAAGAACCACUGUAUGUAUGUAUGUAAGCUGCUACAUGGUUCUCAAAUGAAUGAUGUAUGAAUUCAGUACUUUGAGGGUCUUUCAGAGGGCACUGUGGGGGGGGAUAAAGGAAUGAGUUAGACCCCCCCCAACCUCUUCUUUCGUCUUGCUCCUGUCUGUCGGUGACCUAGUGUGUGUGUGUCUAAAUGUCCAACUGCUUCUUUGUGUGUGAGGGUAGGGUGUAACAUGUUAACUGGUGUAAUGAGUUGUCCUUCACCACUGGAUUUCAAUCAUUAAAAGAGAUGAGCACC